AGUGUUACUAAACCCCCAGACCCUGCAUUCACUGUAUCCGGUCUCCCUGGACCCUGCAGUCACUAUAUCUGGUCUGGUCUCCCCGGACCCUGCAUUCACUAUAUCUGGUCUCCUUGGACCCUGCAUUCACUAUAUCUGGUCUCCCCAGACCUGCAUUCACUAUAUCUGGUCUCCCAGGACCCUGCAUUCACUAUAUUUGGUCUCCCGGACCUGCAUUCACUAUAUCUGGUCUCCCAGGAACCUGCAUUCACUAUAUCUGGUCUGGCAUUCACUAUAUCUGGUCUCCCCGGAUCCUGCAUUCACUAUAUCUGGUCUCCCCGGACCCUGCAUUCACUAUAUCUGAUCUCCCCAGACCCUGCAUUCACUAUAUCUGGUCUCCCAGGACCCUGCAUUCACUAUAUCCGGUCUCCCCGGACCCUGCAUUCACUAUAUCUGGUCUCCCAGGACCCUGCAUUCACUAUAUCUGCUCUCCCCGGACCCUGCAUUCACUAUAUCUGGUCUCCCACAGUACACUCAACA